AUGAAUCGAGAUCGUCGACAAUUUUAAUAGAGCAAAAUGAAACAAAUCUAAUAACUCCAUAUCAUCAUACAAAUGAACAAAUAGAUUCGAAUCCUAUAUUUACGAGUAACGAGUCAAAAGGUUCAAAUCCUGUACCAUAUGAACGAUCUGAAUCAAUGACCUUUUCAAAUCGAGUACGCAAUGAGUCUGUAGCUUUUUCGAACCAUGAGAGAAACGAAUUUGGUCCUUUUCAUGAGCGAUCAGAUAGAAAAUUUUUUCCAGUCAAUGAGCGAUUUGAACCUUUUCUUUAUUCGACUUAUGAACGCGACUCAAGGCUCUUUUUCGACGAUCGUUAUGAUACAAGACCUUAUCCUGAUGAUCGGUAUGAAACGUUUCUUUAUGGGAACAGUGAACGAAAUGAUUCGUGUCGCUUUCCUAGUCAUGAACGGAACGAUCUAGGACGUUUUUUAAAUCAUGAACGGCUGGAUCCAAGUGGUCCUUUACUUAGCAGACAAGACGUUGAUAUUACAGCUUUUCAUCAACAAUUACCUCCCACAAUAAAACGUCAUAAUGAUCAACAAAAUCCGCCUCUAGGUCCACUGCAUAAGAGAUCACGGCAUAUGCCUAACGGAUUCCAUUAUGAUCCUAUGAACCAUGGUCCUAAUAAUGGUAUAUAUGGUCCACCACCAACGGGUCCAAGUGGAAUAGAAGAUCAAUAUCAUCAUUAUUAUCAUAGGAACGAUUAUCGACCACCUCCACCUUAUUUUGAUCGACAAGGACCGUAUGGACGAGGUCAUAUGAAUAACAAUAUUUCACGACGUUCGAAACGCAAUCAAUCACCAAAUACGACAUUAAUCAGAAUUGAAGGUGUCUUGACUAAAGAAGACACACAAUACUAUCUAGGAAAGCAUGUAGCCUACGUAUAUCGUGCUAAGC